UUAGUAAAACUGUAUCAUGAGGGGAUUUGUCUGUUCGAGGCGAUAUUCGCAAUGCUUUUGAUUAUCCUAAAUUAUAUUUACUUUUUUCAGAUACUUUCCUUUACUAUUAAUAUGAGCGAAGUAUUACAAAAGACUAAUUAUAUCUUUGGAUCUAUGUUCGUAAUAUACAUUUAUCAUUACCUUGGACAAAAAUUGAUAGAUCAUCACACCGAAAUAUAUAUAAAAUUGUGCCAAAUUCCAUUUUAUACGUUAUCUUUGAAAACGCAAAAACUUUUACUAUUUAUGAUAAUGAAAAGCAUGAUGCCAUGCAAUCUUUCUGUUAAAGGAGUGAUCGUAUUAUCCCAUUAUCUUUUUGGCACGGUAAAAUAAAUUCUUUAGAUAUUAACUACGAUAAUAAAGGAAUUUUUUAUUAAUCGAAAUCUUUUAUUACAGUUUAUGAAAACCUCAUUUUCCUACGCCAUGGUAUUUUAUAGUUCGA